GAUGACGCGCGGCCCUAGCGACGGCGGUCACCAGGGAGCGGACGCGCUGCACGGCGGCAUGGACGCGACCACCGCCCCGCACCGCAUCCCCCCGGAAAUGCCCCAGUAUGGGGAGGCGAACCACGUCUUCGAGUUGAUGCAGAACAUGCUGGAGCAGCUCCUGAUUCACCAGCCCAAGGACCCCAUCCCGUUCAUGAUUGAACACUUGCAACGAGACAACGAUUGUGUGCCGAAGAUUGUAAUAUUAGGUCCACCUGCCUCGGGGAAAACAACUAUAGCAAUGUGGCUCGGCAAACAUCUGAAUACCAACCUUCUCAGCGUGGGGAACUUGAUGGCAAAAGAAUAUUCCCCUCUGGCUGCCGAUGCCAGGAGGCAUUACCAGAAGUUCCAGACGCUGCCCAACAUGCUGCUCGUCAGGCUGCUCCAGGAACGCCUGAGGGAGGAGGACUGCGUCAGGCGGGGCUGGAUCCUGGAUGGCUUCCCCGAAACACGGGAGCAGGCCCUGAUGGUCCAGACCCUCGGCAUCUGCCCCAGACACGUCAUCGUGCUGAGCGCUCCAGACACGGUCCUGAUUGAGAGAAACUUGGGGAAGAGAAUCGACCCGCAGACCGGAGAGAUUUACCACACCACCUUCGACUGGCCCUCCUCGUCCGAAAUCCAGAAUCGGCUCAUAGUGCCCACCGGCAUCUCGGAAGCGGAGACGGCGCGGAAGCUGCUGGAGUAUCACAGGAACAUCGUCAGGGUGCUCCCCUCGUACCCCCGAAUCCUGAAAGUCAUCCCUGCCGACCAGCCGUGCGUGGACGUCUUCUGCCAGGCUCUGACCUAUGUCCAAACCGUCCACCGAUCUAACGCCCCGUUCACCCCGAGGGUGCUGCUUUGUGGGCCUGUGGGCAGUGGGAAAAGUCUGCAGGCCGCCCUCCUGGCCCAGAAAUACGGCCUCGUCAAUGUCUGCUGUGGGCAACUGCUCAAAGAGGCCGUGGCAGACAAGUCCAAAUACGGCGAGAUGAUUUGGCCUUUUCUCGAGAAGGAGAUAGCAGUGCCCGACAACAUCAUCUUGAAGGUGCUGAGGCAGCGUCUGGACCAGCAGGACUGCAUUGAGAGAGGGUGGGUGCUGCACGGCUUCCCGCGGGACCUGGACCAGGCACACUUGAUGGACAGCUUGGGCUACAAGCCCAACAGGGUGUUUUUCCUGAAUGUGCCAUUCGAUUCCGUCAUCGAGCGGCUGACCCUGAGAAGAACCGACCCCAUCACAGGAGAAAGGUACCACCUCAUGUACAAGCCACCUCCGACCAUGGAAAUCCAGGCCCGUCUCCUGCAGAACCCGAAGGAUUCUGAAGAGCAGAUCAAGCUCAAAAUGGAUCUGUUCUACAGGAAUUCCGCGGAGCUGGAGGAGUUCUAUGGGCAGGCCAUCACCCUCAACGGGGACCAGGACCCGUACACGGUCUUUGAAUACAUAGAGAGUGGCAUCAUUAACCCCCUGCCCAAGAAAGUGCCCUGAGGGGUUCAGAGCAAGGCGUAUCCCCCAGGGAAACAAAGUUCAUCCCGCACCCCAACCUCCUGGAAGCCCGGCCGAGCCAAUAAAGAGUGCGGCUUGCAGUGUCGUGUGUUCUGA